UCGAUACUUAAUCAUUUUCUUCGAAUUUUGUAGUGUCUGUUUAUUUACCACAAUUAUGGCGGAUUUAUAAAUACCAAUUCCAGUCAUGAUUCGAUGCCUGAAAACAUGUUUAUUCGCUGUAUUUGUGUUACACUCGAUACAUCGAUCAGAUGAAAACCAAAAUGAAGAACCCGAUACUUACGACUUCAUAACGGUAAAACCCGAGUACAUAAUUCAGCCGGUAAAAAACCACACAGGAACCGUGAUUUUUCUACAUGGAAUGAUCGACACUGAUCCUGGCAUAGAAGACUUGAAAAAAGCAAUGAAACCUUUUAUGCUGGAUAUUGCUCAUAUAAAGAUCAUUUUCCCAAGAGCUCCACACAGACCGUACUCUUUGAUGAACGAAGCUCCUCGAUACAUUUGGUUCAACCGAAAAUGGAUAACGAUUUAUGAAGAAGAAGAUCUACCAUCUUUUGAAAUGUCUUGUAUCGAUAUACAAAAACUCAUCGCCAACGAAGUCAAAGCAGGGAUACCAUUUGAGAAAAUCUUAUUAGGAGGAUUCUCGAUGGGAGGAGAAAUGGCGCUACACAUAGCUUACCGAUAUAUGCAAAAUUUAACCGGAGUAUUCGCUAUAUCGGCAUUCCUUAGAGAAAAUUCUGAAGUAUUAGAGCAUUUAUACCAUAAUGAUUUCGAGACUCUACCCGAACUAUUUUUGGCUGUUGGCACGAGAGACGAUGUAGCUCUGGCUUACUGGGUUGAGGACACAUUCAACAAAUUGCAAGAUGUCCGAGUUCACGGCAAUAUGCAUAUUAUGAAAGAUAUGGAGCACGAAGUUAGAGAAGACGUACUCGAAGAAUUAUGGGGUUGGGUAUUACGAUACAUACCGGAUCAUUUUGGCAAAAAAAGAAGGAGAAAAUUUCUGCUUGAGAGUCAUUAUAAAAAUGAUUGAUUUUGGACGACUUCGUUUUUCUUUUAAGAACCAAACGCAUUGGAAAAAUAUCAGUUGAAAAAGUCAAAAUGAAUCCUCUUUUUUGAGAAAGUUGUCGAGAACGUGACCAAUGUGCUUCUAUUCUGUUGUAAUUUUAUAUCAAUAAGUAAAUUUUGUAAGUUCAAAAUUGCAUUUUUUUUUUUUUUGCUGAAUAAUAUAUUAUUGUGUUUUUA